AAUUUGGAAAUUGGGGUAGACGAAUGAAUCAUAUUUAAUAAUUGCUGAACUUCUCAACAACUCCCAUAAAAUGUUUAUUAAUUUGAGUGGAUAAACUUUUAUCUAGCAAAUGUGUUAGAGCUUAAAUGAUGGUCAAUGAUGAUGCCGUGCAGAUGAAAGAGCAAUGCCUGGCAUUAUUAAUGUGGCACGUGUUGGAAUUAUUUCUAAAACUCGCCUAGCCUUAUGCUAAAUAUAUAAGGUUAAUCUCCUUCUGUUUAUAAACAAUUCUUUAAUUAUGAGUUUUCCUUUCUCUCUGUCUUUCUCUUGCAUUGAACUUUAAAGCUACCACAAUCUAUAGCUAGCUAUAUCCGUAAGGUUUCAAGCCUUUUUAGUUUGCAGACGUAGAAUAAGCAAGUGACAAACUACAUGGAAUUAAAGCCUAAUGUUACAUGCAGUAUAGCUAGCUAGGUAAAAAGCCUGAGCGUGAUUUUUUCUAAAAAUAGUAAAAAAUAAAGAAAUAGUAAAAAUUAUGUUUUCAUCCUGAUGGCAUAUGUUCAUUUGGAUGGCCCAGAAAAGCCAUGCUUCGAGAAAACCCUGACAAGGGAUCUCUGUCAUGAUGUAAUCGAGCAGUUAUGUCUCAUGUUAAAUCCCAUACUGCAAACAAAAGAUUACAGAUCUUUAGCCGGAAAAAUGGGCAUGAAUUUCUGGUUUGUCAAAAAUUUAGAUAGAAAAGAGAACCCUACUGAGGAAUUACUCCAAAACUGGCUGUCUGGUGAAGGUUCAAAAUUUGUGACAGAUUUGAUUGAUCUUUUAAAGCAGAUUAAACGUUAUGAUGCAGUUAAUCUACUCCAAGAACAUGAGUACACAGUUAAACAGAGAUUGCAGAGGCCAGCAUCUACAAUGUCUGGCAGUUCCACAAAAGAACCAUGUGAGAACGAAUCUUCAGACGCAUCACCUUAUUGUAUUAGUGAUGAUGAUGGAUCACGAUACCCAAGAUUCAAUGAUUUUGGAAGCAGUGUGCCGUCAUAUGUUGAGCCACCUGCAUCUUAUGUCAGCAGCAAUCCAUCUGACAGUUCAACAGUGUGUGCUGAUGGAUAUGACACAGAUGAAGAACUUAACCGUAAGAUGGAAGCUAUGGGUGCUGGCCCGUGUGAGACAACAGAUGACUCAACAUGUCACCCUGUGUACCAGUUUCGAAAGCGAGAAGGAUCAAAUGCGUCAACUUCAACAGGUGGCUCAGCAUACACAAGCACCUCCACGAAAUCAGGUAGUGUUUCUGUUGAUACUGGCAUGCAAACAGAUGCAAUCUCAGUGCACAGCGUGGAUGUUCAUCCCAGACCUCCAAUUUUGACAUCUCCUAUGGCAGCUGAUCCAGCUCCAACGUUUAUUCAGCCGCCCAUCGUAGCAAGUGAUAAAUUGGCAUUGCUUAUUGGGAACAGGAAUUACAAGAAACUGGAAGAAGAGGAGUUGAAAUUCCCUCACAAAGAUGUCUUUGAUCUCAGUCGUGAAUUGAGUGAUCUAGGAUUCAAGGUUUUAUCGCUGGUCGAUCUCACCUUAACGGAAAUGCGAACGGUGAUGCUCGCUUUUUGCAAGCUUUUAGGCCCUGGAGUGUUCGCGGUGUUCUAUUUUGCUGGUCAUGGUUACGAGGAAAAUGGAGAGAAUUACCUCAUGCCUAUCGAUGCGUCGCCUGCAAGAUCAUCGCAUGAAUUUAUUGCUGCACAAGAAAUUCUUGUGGAGAUGCAGCUCCGACAAACAGCUUUAAACCUGCAGAUAAUUGACGCGUGUAGAGUCAAAGGUAUAACUGGUGAAGGCAAAACCGGUGGUGGUGGCUUACGAAAAGGGGCUCUUGGCAAUACUAUAAUCGCCUACUCGUGCCAAUCUCAGAUGCCAGCGUUUGAGAGCCAGAUGCAAACAAACGGCGUCUACAUGACGGAACUGUUGAAGAAGAUCAAAGAGGAUCGAAGGAUAGAACAUAUCCUUAUGGAUGUUAAUUGUGCUGUACAUGGCAACCCACAUGUAAUACAGCGACCAGUGUUUGAAUCCGACACCAUAGGUGACUGCCGGUUGACGUGUAAAAUUGAUACACGUGCUAAUUUUAACUUAUGGCAUGACAGGUCCGACAAGUGGUGCGCAGCUACAAUGCCUCCGGAUCCGCAAGUCUUCGAAAGAGAAGAGGAAAAUCUAGUUUUUAAGUUGGAAUAUAUUUCAAAAUUCAGCAACAUGUUGCAAGUCAAUGUCCACGUGUGCAACAGAAAUAUAGUGCCUAUACAAAUACACGAAAUUCAACUAUUAAACGGAGCUGACCUGGAUAUUCAUUCGAACCAGUUGGAGUUGGUCGUUCAGCCAGGAAAUUCGUGGACGGAGAUUCAACAAUAUCGUAUUCGUGACUUACAAAAACUUAAGUGUGAACUUCUGUUGGUGCUUCAGUUAAAAACACAGCUCUAUGGUCAUCCAGAUUUCGCGUUAAUCGAGUUUAAACUCAACGCUGACUUCCCACUCGUGUCGUCAUACCUAAAUGACUUUCGCAAAUGGAUAACAAACGAACAACUAUCAGGUCACGGAAAGAAUACGUGGGUUUAAGAUGGUUUUAAAUUGUGAAUUUAUAGGGUUUUUUAGUUUGUAAUAUAGAUUUUUUCAUUUAAAAGGAUACGCUGGAUUCCAAGAAAACACAAAUAACAAACGCAGCGUUAUUGUAAGCCCGAUAUGGGAUUUCAAACUUCCGUGCACAGUGUGGCCUUUACAUGAAGCUUUUACUGCUGAGGUGGUGCAAACUGCGCAUGCGCUAUAACUUUGCACAUGCGCCAUAGUUUUGCACACACAUUUAUUUCCGAUAAAUCCCGUAAAGACAGAACUGGAUAUUUUUAACUUAAAUUUAGUCCUGAGACGAAACUUCAUGCAAAGGCUGCAAAAUUAAAGAUUUGGAAUAAAAUAAACGCAUUUUGUCUUAAAGCCUUUUUCGUACGGAAAAUAAUAUUUUAUCUGUGAAGCGUGACGCAUGUGAUACCGUAAUUAUUCUAAUUCAAAUGGUCCUCUAAUAAAAAUCAAUUUCUGCCAUUCUAGUGAGAGAAAAAAUUACUCCAUUAAUAACAUAAAAAACAAGAAAAAGGAAUGAAAUAAAGCUAUAAGAUUUAGUUUCAUGUAUAUUUUGCUGUACUAUUUUUUUCAAAUUAGUAUAAGUACGGUAUUUCGCUAAAAAAGCUGACUGCUAGUAAAAAAGCUGUUUUAGGCACGAUUAGAUUUUGAUAAAGUUUGUGACUUUAAUAUACUCUGUUGACAGAGAAAAUUUACCAGAGUUAUUGCUGUUAUUUUUACAAAAAAUGUGAACUGUAUUGUGUAGUUAUUUUAGUGUGUGUGUGUGCACCAGUUAUGGUCAAACUGAUGUGAUUUUUUUCUUUUUUUUUAUUUGUUUGUGUAUCCGAGUUUUGUUUUGUUUGUUCUCUUUGGGAAGUUUGCAUUUAAAACACUGCCCUGUUAAAUAAAUUCAAUAAAACAAUAAAAUGACCAGAUAAAACAACAACAGAUCAGAAAGGUCGAGUUUGGCUGUAGAAUGUUAUGUACAAUGUGAAUGGUGUACAUUAAUUUAGACAGACAUUUAUUUUGCUGACUAAGCAUUUAUGCAAUUUAUAAAAGAGUUUUAUAUAUUUAUAUAAUUAACGUUUUAAAAUAAUUUAUUCCAAAAUUGGAUUAAA